UGUUUACUUCCGGUUUGAGUGUGCUAGUUCCUGUGGACCACUACAAGCCUAAAGCAGGGUCCACUCCUUCCAUAGCAAGUCGGUAACAGGUUUUUUUUUUUGUCCAGUCUUAUCUUUGAAAUGUUGAAUAUCUUAGCAUGAGAGACAGCAUCUCUUUUUUGAUACAGUUUGAGAAAAAGCGAAGUUGGAAAAUAGCUAAGUUUGGCUAAUGUUAGCUCAAAUUCAAAACGUAAAGACGACUUCAGGAUUGCAUUCCUCUUUUAUACUAUUAUAUUUUGAGAAUUUAUACCGUUAUCUAUUUAACCGCUGCAUCCACUACAGUUGCUACCGAGUACUGUGUGCUUUUUCUCGCGUCAGUUUUCGCUAGCCUUGUCAACCAGCCAGCUGCUAACAGUUCCUGGUCUCCAAGGCAACAAUGAACAUCCUCCCGAAGAAGAGCUGGCAUGUCCGCAACAAGGACAACAUCGCGCGCGUGAGGAAGGACGAAGCCCAGGCAGCAGAGGAGGAGCGCGAGGCCAAGCGGCGCGUGGAGCGUGCCGAGCAAGAGGCACGUACCGAGUAUCUGAGAAGGAAAGCUCGGGCUGCUCUCCAGUCAGCUGGAGCAAAGGGAGACGAUGAUGGAGAACAAAGCGGAGCAAGUCUGGAGCAUCUCAAUCUAUUUCCUCUGGAAGAUUCCUCAGAGAAGAAGGGAAAUGAGGAGUAUCUAAGAGAGAAGAAGGAAGAAAAGGAGAAGCAGGAACGAGCUAUCGGCUUACUUGUGUCUUUGGGGCCACAGCCGGGGUCAGAGGUGACUCCGUGGUACAUGAAAAGCAGCACAGAACAAGAAGAAGAGAGAAAAGAGAAAGAAAAGAGGAAGGGGAUAUCUGAAGAGGAGAAAGAGAAGAAGGAUCGUAGACUGAAGGAUAGUUUGGAUCCUUUAAAGGAUAUGAAGAAGGCAAUGGGUGUUUACGAGAGGAGAGAGCAGAAGAAAAAGGAAAAGAGAAACAAAGUGGAAAAGAAGAGCACGGGAGAGAGCUCCAUAGAAAGGUUACGAGCCGAGCGCUUGCAAAGGGAGGUAGAAGAAAGAAGGAGAGCCCAGGCUCUCCUUGACCAGAGGAGCGGUAAAAGGAAGGGGGCACACAGAGAAAUGGACGAGAGGGAGAGACCCUACAACAGCGCCUUCUUUCCAGAACUUGCUCGAAAGCGGCAAAGGCGGGACCGGGAGAGCUGGAGGGAUGAAAUUCUGAAAUCUUGAAAUGUUUUACGUGUUUAAAAACGGAGAUUAGCAUAAGGAGGGCUGAACGUACUGUGAAACUGUUUUUUUUAAUUUUCAAAACAAACUAAUCACAUUGAAGAUACAAGUUUAUUUGUUUUUUUGUUCCUUCACACAUAAAUGGACAAUGGAGGUCAUGUUCAGCUGCAGCUUGGUUUACCCCUGCAGCGUUUCGCUCAUGAGCACAUCAGCAGGGCAGAUGGUUGUCCACGCAGGGGGCUCAGGCUGUCAGCAACUGUUAGCUUGGCUUACACCAUCUUUAAAGAUAAUCAGUGUUAGGAAACUGCAUCAUACUGGAAAAAUAAAUCUACAGUCGGUAUCUUAACAGUUGGUUGUUAAGAGCCAGUGUUGAUUUGCCUCUAUCUUUUUGAUGUUUUCUGCCACAUAUGGCUGAAUUGGGGUUUUUGGUUAAAUUAGUCAGUUUGAAGUCAUUGCCUUGGAUUUGGAGCAGUUAUGAGUUGGCAUCUCCUGUCUUUUAUUAAAACAUUUUUAAAGACAACAUUCUUUAAAUUGUGGGAAAAAAGUAAAAAUGAUAAUCUUUCCUUUCAGGAAGUAAUAAAAACACGCCUCCGUUUUUGUUUGAUGAUGCUCUACUGGUGCUCUUAGACUGGAUGUUUGUGCAUGUUUUAUAUAUUUGUGUUACUGGUGUUUAUUCAGCAGAUAUUUCUGCCGGCCACAGCAGAAAGAGCACCGGUACAAAGGAUUACAGGCCCACUGAUGACUGUAUCUCAUUUGUGUGCCUCAGUUUUGGGCAGCCAGGAUUGUGCAUGCUGAUUCACUGUCACACUUGUACUUAGAUGCUAGGAUACAUCAAAACAAUUGUUUCGGCUCCACUACUGCCAUUCCUAUGAAUGUCUGCAGUGAAAAAUAAGCUUAUGAAAUAUAUAGAUUUACAAACAAUGAGCAACAGAGAGCUGUGUUCUACUCAUCGUGGAUCAUGGAGCUCUGCCCUCAUAAUAAAUACCACUUAGUAUGAGUGUUUAUGUUUUAUCAGGCCAUUAAUUGAAACACAUGUUGAAUAAAAAAAUGUUUGACAAUAAAGCGUAAUGCUCAAACUGGG